AGCGGCGCGCAGGCGCAGUGUCCCCGGGUCAAGAUGGCUGCGCGGUGUUCUCCACGCUGGUUGCUGGUGGCGGUGGGAAUCCCCCGGCUGCCGGCUGCAGCGGGGAGAGGGGCCCAGCAGCCCCGGGGCGGCGUAGUGGCGACAUCACUGGCUCGCAAGCUGAGCAUCUCUGCCUCCGGGUUUCCCAUGAGCGGUCACGGCCCCCGGGCGCUGCUGACAUUGAGACCGGGUGUCCGCUUCACAGGAACAAAAAGUUUCCCUUUUGUUUGUACUGCUUCCUUCCACACAAGCGCUUCCUUGGCCGAAGAUUAUUACCAGAUAUUAGGAGUGCCCCGAAAUGCCAGCCGGAAAGAUAUCAGGAAAGCCUAUCUUGAGCUUGCCAAGAAAUAUCACCCGGACUCAAACAAGGAUGAUCCCAAAGCCAAGGAAAAGUUUACCCAAGUGGCACGAGCAUACGAGGUGUUGUCUGAUGAAGCAGAGAGGAAGCGUUAUGAUACUUACGGCUCUGCUGGCUUUGAUCCUGGAGCCAGCAGCUCUGGGCAGAGCCAGUGGAGAGGAGGGCCCUCUGUUGACCCGGAAGAGCUAUUCAGGAAGAUCUUUGGGGAGUUCUCAUCAUCUCCUUUUGGAGAUUUCCAGACUGUGUUCGAUCAGCCUCAGGAAGAAACUAUCAAUACAGGCCCUUUUGUGAUGCGUUCCACAUGUCGGAGAUGUAGUGGCCGGGGCUCCAUCAUCACAAAUCCUUGUGUGGUCUGCAGAGGAGCAGGACAAGCCAAGCAGAAGAAGCGAGUGACGAUCCCUGUGCCUGCAGGAGUUGAAGAUGGUCAGACCAUAAGGAUGCCUGUGGGAAAACGAGAAAUUUUUGUCACAUUCAGGGUGCAGAAAAGCCCUGUGUUCCGGAGGGACGGCGCAGACAUCCACUCCGACCUCUUUAUUUCAAUAGCUCAAGCUAUUCUUGGGGGUACAGCCAAAGCGCAGGGCUUAUAUGAGACAAUCAAUGUGACGAUCCCUGCUGGGAUUCAGACAGACCAGAAGAUUCGCUUGUCUGGGAAAGGCAUUCCCCGGAUUAAUAGCUAUGGCUAUGGAGACCACUACAUUCACAUCAAGAUCAGAGUUCCAAAGAGGCUAACCAGUAGGCAGCAGAACCUGAUCCUGAGCUAUGCCGAGGAUGAGACUGAUGUGGAGGGGACAGUAAAUGGGGUCACUCAGACAAGUACUGGUGGCAGAACCAUGGAUAGCUCCACAGGAAGCAAGGAUAGGCGAGAGGCUGGGGAGGACAAUGAGGGAUUCCUUUCCAAACUUAAGAAAAUGUUUACUUCCUGAUACCCCUGCUGAGGAAAGCGGUCUACUGGAAGCUAGGCCAGGAGCAGCAGCCCCUCUCCACGGCCAGGGCAUCCGACACAGGAGGACCCCAGAACAGCAGCUCGGGGGAUCCCUGCUUACAGAGCCCUCUGAACCACCUAGUAACAGCAAAACCUACGUGAUGACACCUCUGCAUAAAGGUCAUGGUGACAGCCCCUAGGCAGUGAUGUGUGGCCUUUGGGCUGGUGGAAAUACCCUCUCCCCUGGUAGGUGGCUUGCUCUGGCCCAGACAGGGUAAAACACUUGGACUCUUCUUGCAGCAGUAAAAACAUGAAAUCGCAUGUAGUAGAGAGCUUAAAAAUUAAAGGCCGUGCUUACAGCUCAAAAUGAAGCCUUAAGCUGUACAGCGUUGUGAAGUGAUUAAUUUCCCUUUCAACAAAGCUCAUGGAGGUUCUGAAAUACAUCUUUCCUGACAGGCCGUCCUCUCUAGGACCUAGGGGCAGCAUACCCCGGCCAGUGUCUGUCACUCCCCUUGGAGUUUGUUUUUGUUUUAUUGAAGGUACCAAGCCGCUGGAGAGUGGGUGCUAGGGCCCUGGAGGCACUCUUGGGCAACUCAGUCACUCUGGCCACUUCACCUCAGAAGCAGCUUGCCUGAACCUGACAACUGAUUAGAUUGUUCUAGUCAGGUUUGGAAGAUGUGUCCUACCCUGCUGGACCAAAGUUACUGGUCAUGUGGGACAGCCGCCAGCCUCUGGACCCAGCGCUUUGCCAACCAGGGUUUGGUUUUCCCCCCUUCCAUUGCUGACAUUUGAUUUCCAAAGUAUAUUUAAAUUACCCAAUGACAAGAAUCAUUGUCUUUUCCUAUGUCAAUGUCAGGAGGAAAAGCGCAGUGUCCUGGGUGAGGACUGCACCGUGCACAGAGCGGUCUCAUCUCCAGCCUCUGCUGGAAGCAUGUUACGGUUUCCGUGUGUUCCAAGGUCCUGGAGCUAGUGAAAGACACACUAACUACAGAACACUUGCUCUGUAGUUUCAUUCUUUUCCUUUAUAAUUUACAUAAGUAAAGCAUUUCUUAGUGUCUGAUUUAAGAAUGUAAAGUGAUUUCUGUAUCAGUGUAAAUAAGAUGAUCUACUACAAAACAUAUUUAAAACCAAA